UACCUCGUAGGUGUGCCAAGUUAACGUACGUCGUCGGGAUGUUUGCCUCUGCCAGAAGUUACACCCACUUCGCUGCUCCAGCCUGCUCACUCUCGUCCUGAUCUUUGCCACAUUUUCAACCCUUAACUUGUUUGUCUUUGUCUAAGAUGUCUUUGAGUGAGAAAAGUGACGGGGAGAUCAGCAAGUUGCUUGCUGAGUAUGGCAUCAAACAUGGACCCAUAGUAGACUCUACUCGAAAGCUGUAUGAGAAGAAGCUUGAAGAAGCCAUGGAGAAAGCUCAGAAGCAGCCCUCGUCUGAUAAGACCUACUACAGAGAGGAAGAGGAGGAGGUUACCUACAUCACAUACCACAGUCCGGUUAGACAAGAGGUUUAUUCAGACAUGCUGAAACGAAGAGGCCAUGCUGAGCCAGAGGAAGACGAGGAGUCAGACCCAGAUACAGAGCCCCCUGUCCAGGUCACUAACAGAACAGCCAAUCACAGCGCAGUACGAUCCAAGGAGCCAGUCAAGAAGUCUGGAAGCAGCUUUUGGAAGAUUAUUCGGCUGCUGCUGCUGUUAGCUGUGAUAGCAGCCGUCCUCUACUACGCCUACUGCCGUGUGAUCAACAAUGAAGAAAAUCCUUUUGCGAGUCUGUGAUCAGAUUUAUUGUUAGGAAGACAGGGUUUUUUACCAUUCCAUUUCUCCUCCGUUAAUAUCAGUAAUAGUACUGUUUUUUUUUUUUGUUUGUUUUUUUCAUCCCAAUGCAAAGUUUCACCACAUUCCUUAAACUUUUAAAGGCUGCUAAUAUUCUAUAUUUCUUAGUGUCACCAAAUUCAAUGAAAUGAUAAAAAAACUACAGUCUGUGCAUCCAAAGUAGGGAUGGGCAUCAGUUUUCGGUUAUCGAUGAUUGAUUGUUAAGGAUUUUGAGCAAUCACAAAUAAUUUUGCUUGAUAGUCGCAGUUCCCCUAAUUACAAUGCUACAGGCCCGGCGAGCCACCAUGCUUACGAGACCCCCUGCCGGACCUAUGUCAGGCAAAAAAUCAUAAACAGUCAGAGGCUCUCAUCGCUCUCCAAAGCUUGGCGGCUUCCCUUGAGCCCUCUCAAAACAUUACGCCAUUGAAAGACAGAGGUUUCGCUGAAAACUGAAGCCUGUAACCCCUGGUUGGCAACGGUUGUAAACACCCAGGGGUGAACUGCACAUGCGCGUCAUUCUUCUUCUUUGGCCUGGGGGGGGUUGAAGCUCAGAACUGGGGCAGCUGCACUCUCUUGAGGCGACAAUCUGCACUGCACUCUUGUUUUCUCUCUUUUGAAAUACUCGCUUAUCAAUUAAUCGAUAAUUGAUCGUUAUUUUUUUUUUGAUGACUGAACAAUGAAUUUUGAUCGUUUGCCCAUCCCUAAUCCAAAGCCUGGUAUAUCUCAUUUCUCAGGGUCAUCAGUGUUUGGGGGCGAUGGUUUGUUGGGGCGGCAGUAGCUCCAUCCAUAGGGACUAAGGUGUGGAACCGAAGGGUCGCCAGUUCCCCUCCUGGGCGUUGCCGAUGUGCCCUUGAGCAAGGCACUGAACCCCCUACUGCUCGGGGUGCCUGUCCAUGGGUAGCUCCCUCACUCUGACAUCUCUCCAUUUAAAGCAUGUAUAGGUCCUGUUGGUGCAUGUGUGUGUAUUUCAGGCCUGUAUGACAACAGUGGAAAAAAAAGAAUUUCCCCUCAAGGAUCAAUAAAAUAUAUCUUCUUCUUCCCCAACCAUUAAAUUGGGGGGUCUAUUAGACCAUUUAUGCGAAUGAGACAGACAGUGCGCCUGUCUCCUUCGCAUAAAUGCAAUAUAUCAGCAACACUUUGAAGGAAUUUAUUCAGAUUUUGCACAAAUGUCCACUUGGACUCAACAAUGAACUGAUUAGAUUUUGGUGGUCAAAGGUCACUGUGACCUCAAAAAAUGUUUUUGGCCACAACUCGAGAAUUCAUACGAUAAUAAUGACAAAACUUCACACAAAUGUCUGAUAGGAUAUAAUGGCAUAGUGAUGACAUUUUAUAUCCAAAAGGUCAAAGGACAUCUUCACUGUGACAUCAUAAUGGUCUGCAAAAACACUUUUCUGACCAUUAUUAAACGUCAUAACUCAGGAACAGAUGGGGAGACAUUUGGUUAGAUGCUAAAUUGGUGACACUAAUCUUUUGUGUCCACCUUAAAACUGUGCUGAUUGUACAGAUCUUCUCUGCUGCCAGGUUGAAGAUGUGUGUGAAACACUGUUGUUCUAGAAUCUGUAUGUUUCCAUAUUUGAAGCAUUGUCUACUGUCAGGACUACAUAUGAGUCUGGACAGACAUGGAUAAAAACUGUAACUGCAACUUGACUGCUUUUAUAAUAAAUGAAUAUAUAGAUUUAGAUAUUAAGAAAUACACUUUUAAACAUUUAGGGUUGAAAUAAUGUCCCUUAAUCAUGUGUAGUUCUAGUAUGAAUGAUUGAGUGUUUUCUCAGACCAUGCAUUAUUCGUUUCAGCUUUAGAAUGCAAGGUUGCAGCAGUAUGCACUACUAAAGAUUUCCAUCUUUACUGAGCUUAGUGCUGAGAGUCACAGACAGGCCAGGAUAAAGACACUAGACAGAGUAUUGAGAUGCAGACAAACACAUAGUGAAACUGGUCAUGGUUUUGGUCUUUUCAUGGGAUUUGUUGACAGUAAGGAAAAUUAGGAAUAUCGCUCGCCCUUUGCUUUAAUUUCUUUGCAUGAAAUGUUGCACUAUGUUUUCCAGCUAUGCAGAGCUCUGUGUGUUUGAUUUCUUAUAUACAGCUGUCCUCUAAUGUAAUUUGUUCUUAUUUGUGAGAUGCACAUGAUGAUGUCAUGUAGUACAAACUGACUGGUGAACAGAGGCUGUCCUCUACAUCACGUCGGAUCAAAAACCAAAGGCUGUUGUGUAUAUGUGCUGAAAAAUCUUUGAAAAAGAUAAAAUAAAAAAUCUCUCCAGCUCCCUA